AUGAAUUUGGAAUGUUUAGCCAAUGAAAUAUUACUUGAUCUUUUUGAAUAUUUCAAAAUUGAAGAUCUUUUUCAUACAUUUUAUAAUGUUAAUUAUCGAUUUAAUAUUCUUCUUCUCAAAUGUUUUCACUCAUAUCAUCUUGAUUUUCAAUCUGUAUCCAAAUCUGAUUUUCAUGUUAUAUGUACAAAAUAUCUUCCAUUAAUUCGAAAUCAAAUUAUUUCAUUACGUUUUUCUGAUGAUGAUAAUACACCAGUACAAUCAAAAUAUAUUCUAAUUUAUUUUCCAUCCUUUCUUCAACUUUCUCAUUUACGUGCACUUUCAUUCUAUUGUAUUAAUUCUUCAAAUCUCAUGGAAAGAUUAAUAAUUGAAUGGCAUCAAUUACCAUAUCUUACGAAUUUAAGUAUCAUUAAUUGUAAUUUUACACUGAAAAUUGAUUUCCAUACGAUUAUUAAUAGUAUUUGGAGUCUUAAUUAUUUAGUAUACUGUUAUUUAAAUGGUAUAUAUGGCACAUGGACAAAUUUUAUUGCCCCGGAUGUCACAUCAUUAUCAAUGCAAUAUUUAUUAUUUGAAAGUGGUUGUAUGGAUUGGGAUGUAUUACUAAAAUUACUGAAAAAUACACCUUAUCUUCGAUCUUUAAACACAAAUAUUAUAGAUUAUUCUGAGCCUGGAAAAGAACUUUCACUUAAUACCACUUUCACGUUAACUCGAUUGAACGUGUACAUGCGAGUUACGACAAGUACGUUAUUUUUUUGGAAAUAUUUACCAAAUUUAUCUCAUCUAACAGUUCAUAUGGAACGAUUUUAUCUUGAUGGAAAACAGUGGGAAUAUAUUAUUCAAACUUAUUUACCUAAAUUAAAAAUAUUUCGUCUAUAUAUGGACUUAGCAGCGGAUGACUGUAACCAAAUAGAAGAAUAUGUCGAUAGAUUAUUGAAUUCAUUUCGAAGUUCAUUUUGGCUUGAGGAACAUCAAUGGUAUGUUCGAUGUCAUUGGGAGAAAAUGCCAGAAUCGAAAGGAUGGCCAGGAAUAGUAUUAACUACUUUACCUAGUCGGAUAAAUCGUUCAGGCAUUCUCAGUUCAAGUUGUUAUAGAUCAACUUGUCCUGAUGAUAAUGUCUAUAAUUCAUAUGGUCAUGUAGAGGUUCUGUCGUAUUCACGAUUUUUUCAUUUACAUUCAUUUUUAUUUCCAAAUCUUCAUCACUUAGAUCUUCAAGAUCCUGCUAACGAUGAACUCUGGUCACAUGUUUUCAAUUUGCAAAAACUACGAAUACUUACGUUUUAUGCAGAUAAACAAUAUGAUCAUCCUGAAAAUGAAUUGCAAUUACUGCUUAAUCGCAUGCCGAAUCUUCAUACAUUAGAAUUAUGUCUUGAUGAGGAUGAGAUUGAAUAUAAACUGUUUUUCAACUUAAAACAUAAUUCUAUUCGGUGUUUAGAUUUUGCACACUAUACAUUUAAUCGUGAAGAAUGUGAAAUAUUGAUUCAUAGUCAAUUAAGUCAAAAAUGUGAAGUUCUUAUGUUAUCAAUUAAACAUCUCGAUGAUAUACUUCAAUUAAUUAAUCAAUUAAGAAAUCUUCGAUCAUUAAAAAUACGUUUAUUGCAAAAUGAAGAUAGUAUAUUGACUUCUUCUGAGAAUGAACUGAACGAAUGGUUAACACUUCAUUUACCAUCAAUAUGUGAUUUCAGAAUCCAUAAUGGUAUCAUGAAUUUUUCAUAUACUUUUUAUGUUUGGAUUCGAUGA